AUUUUUGGAUGUAUGUACAAUAAAAAAAAUACACUUACAAAACGGAUUUAAUGAAACCAUAACUCCUGGAAAUAAUUUUUGGAGGGAAAUAUCAAGCAUAACGUAGAUCAGCUGUUGUUGACCAUAUGGUAAAUCAAGGUGAUAUCUGGAAACAAAUUCCAAAUCAUUUCACAAAGUAUCUAAAUACUUUAUUUCUUAAUGAUACACUCAAUAUUACACAAUUAUACUUAUCUAAAGCAAUUUUGAAUCAUAAUUAUUAUCGUCUCCAUUUUCCUAGGGUACAUGGUCACAUUUCAUUUGCAAUUUCCAAUUAGAAAUUAUCAAACAAAUAAUUAACGUAAUCAAAUUGAUGGAAAAAUGAAAAAUCAACCCAACACAACGUACGUGAUAAUCACUUUGUAAACAAGCAUGCCCCAUCACAUAUCCAUAUGUUCUGUUCUGCUCACGUGGUCACGUACACAUGACGAAAAAAAGUAAAUACUCGAUCGCUAUUGGUUGAAUUUCAAAAUCAUUUUUAUACCAAAUUUCAGAAUACUAAUGAAGUCGUCCAUGUUGAAUUGUUGAUGUGAGAAUUGUGCUUUGUGAAUUUUGUAGAAAUAUCUAAUCGUCUUGUUUGGAUUAUAUUUUGUGCAAUUUAAAGUGAUGUCAACAUUAAUUCCGAUUAAUGGAAUUCAUUACGUUCAAGAAUAAAAGAUAUCCAGUACCCAGGUGCAGUGAUUGCGUGAAAGAAUUACUUUGGGAAUACGUGACUCUUUUAGAUAAGUACUCGACUCUUUUGGAUCAGUAUUCAGAUAAAGGAAGUGAUAGUCAGAAGAGCGUCAGCUUAUUAGCGAAUCAUCCUUUCUCAACAAAACUUAAAAGUGCAUCGUUAAUUAAUCUUGAGUCAUUCUCUGAUCCGGAAGAAAUAAGCAGUGACAGUAGCAGUCAGAAGAGCGUUAGCAUUUUGGCAAACUAUCCCCUCUCAAGUAAACGUAGAAGUACUUCGCUUGAUUUCGAGUCAUUCUCUGAUCACGAGGAAGAUAUAAGUCAGGAAAGUGUCAGUUUAAUUGCAAAUUGCCCCGUUUUCACCAAGUAUAGACGCAACGAAAAUGACCGAUGAAAUUGAUUAUUCAACUGCAGAUUUAGUGUGCUGCGAGUUUAACGGUGCUGAGGGUGAUGGCAGUGUAGCUGUGGGAUAUAAACCAUGGGUGAUAUUGCCUGAAAAUGAAGACGACUUUCAAAAAGUAAUAGAUGACUCCAUUCCAAUUACGAUUAAGUGGCCGAAGAAUGUAGAAGUACAACCACCUCCAAAAAUGGCAAGAGCAGUAGCUAAACAGAAGAAUUUGAAGUGGGAGCUAUGGCCAGGAACAAAAAUAUAUGGUGUUGGAAGUUGGUUGGAAAUGACGGAAAUGGUCAAGAAUAUUACCACCACAGGACAGUCAAAAAUCGACAAAUCGAAUAGAAAAAAUUUUAAAAAAAGGGCUGAUCCAGACCAAGAAGAUUUGAAAGUCGCCAAUUUGAAAAAAGUAUGUAUAUAAUUAUACUUCAAGGAAUUAGUGUAAAUAACAUCAACUUUCUAUUUUAAAUUUUGCUAUUCAUUCAUCAGCAUUGUGCCAGUU